AUGGUCCAAAUCACGUCAUUUCUUACCCUCGCUGUUGGUCUUGUUGGGACAACAUUGGCCUCGUCCUCGAACACAGGGCUGUUGCAGAUGUUGACUUACAUCAAGCGUCAUCCCAACAUGACCCGUGCUGAGUUCUGGGAGUACUGGGACACUCAACAUACACCCAAGGUUAUUCCACUUGCAACUAACUUUGGCAUAUCCAGAUACCAGCAGUUGGCGGGAAGAUUGUCCCCACCGACUUCAAACAAACUCGUCGAGUUUGAUGGGAUUGCCAUGUUCCUUUAUGAGUCAGCUGACGACCUGACUGCCAUGUUGGCGCACCCUUACUACAUCGAUGUCGUCGAACCUGACGAGCAUGUCUUCAUCGACAAGUCUGCGUAUGGCAAUGGAAUGGUCGCUACUUACAUCGGCGAACAUAUUGAGGUGGUGGGCGACGAGCGGAGUGUUUGGGUGGGUGACAAGAAAACUCGCAACAAAUACCAGAAGCUUUUCAAAUCGUACCGAUAA